GUAUCAUAACAAUAACAUUUUAAUUAAAAAUGGCCCAUAUGUUUUUUGUCCAUCGAGCAAAAAUGAAAGUGGCUUCUGGUUAAUGACAGAUGUGGAAGAGGUUAUGAUACUGUACAACUUAGUAAUGGAUGGUCUUCACAGCUCACAGUAACAAUGAAUUGAAACGUGAAAGAGAAUUUUAUCGAGCUAGAGGGGAAGUGUGUCCUAAGGACUUGCCACAAGCAAAUGAAGAGGAUCUUCAGCAGGAUGAUAAAGUUAUUAAUGAUACAGAUUACCACAGACUUGAUGAACAGGUUAACAUUUGCCUUGAGUGCAAGUACCCAACUUUAGCUCCAUUGAAACGACGAUUUAUUCGAUGCUCUGCUCAGGCAACCAUAACGCAUCUAAAGAAAUUUUUGGCUCUCAAGGUGCUUGAAGGGCCACAGAAAUAUCGAGAGAUUGACAUCAUGUGCAACGAUGAAAUGCUUGGAAAAGAUCACACACUUAAGUUUGUUCAGGUCACUCGUUGGAGAUUCCGCAGUCCACCUUUAAAGUUGUGUUACAGACCAAGGAUUGAUAUUUAAUCUUCAAGCUGGUGAACAUACUGAAGACAGUACAGUAGUUCAAUCAAAACAUUGAGUUCGUGAAACGAAAAAAAAUUUAGGAUAUGGGAUUACUCAGAGGUUUGUUUUGGAAUUCAUUUUGCAUUCUUAAAGAUUGUUCUGUGCUAUAUUCGAUAUUCGGGAAUUUGUUCUUCUUUUUUUGAGCUAUUGUACUUACUUCAUUAUUAAAAACUGUGUUAUAUACUUGUACAAAUAAAUGUUAUUUUAUUUGAUGAAAUUGGUUGUUCAUAUUUUGUAUUGGCAUUUUCUGCAAAUGAUUCUAAACAAAACUUGAAAAACCAGUACUGUUAACAUGAUCUUUGGAUAGUUCGAUAACUGUAAGAGGUGGCAACAUGUUUUUUCGAAGUUUUUGAAGGUUAGUUUUUGGGUUUGAGUCACCACAGACUCCUUUUGGAGAGAUUUUGUCAUUCAAGUUUUGGUUUUGAUGUAAAUUAGUAGCUUUAUCCCUUUUAUUAGUUUUAUAUGAAUUUUUUUUUUUAUGAUAUUGCUUCUUAUCUGGAGAGCAUGCAUUUUCUCACCUAUAGAAUCAAAGCAAGGACAGUUUGAUUUGUCUGCUGCUCUCCCAUACUUGCUUAAAUUCUCUUUCUUCUCACUAAAGUAGAACUCUCAGGUAGCCCAGUUUUGUGGGUACUAUUGAAGACAGUCUUUCUUGGAGAUGAAGGAGGGGCUCCUCUUCUUUUUGUGUGGCCUUGUAACAUUAGCCAUGGUAUCACUCUGAUCUCAGCAGUUCCAGUCUUUCUCAUUUUGGUGGGUUUAUUCAAAUUGUGGAAUUCUGUUAGUUUUUUCAAGAAGCGGUAUGCUAUAUCUGCCCAUAUUCUUUGUCAGUUCCCAAGAGGCUAGGAUUAAAAAAGAUCAUUGGGUUUUCUAUACCACUAGCCUUCUCUAUGAAGGAGAUGGUGUGGUGAGAAACUGGCUUACUCUGUCAUUCAGAUCCAGAUUUAGGGUAAAAGGUUACUUAUAUAUUUUGUUUUACAACAAACUUAUGAUUAAAAUUUGCCCAUAUUCGUGGUUUUCAAGAUUCAGGGCUCAUAAGAAGUACCGUAGUAAUAUGUUUGCAGGGAAAAAAAAUGUUUUUAAUUACAGUUUAUGUUUUUGUAGUUGUCAGUUACUACAACUUUUUACGUGAAUUGAUAAUGUUUUUCAUAUAUGUCAACUUAAAUGGUUUGUGGAUGGAAAAUAAAAUAUUUUUACUUUUUUCCUAAUACUCGGCAUAUAUAGUUUUCAGUUGAAUUUCUCAUUAUGCUUACGUUGCAUUUUUCUUAAAUAUGGAUAGAAACUUUGCAUAUUGGUAUUUUAAAGAUUUAAUGAAACACUUACAAAUACUCUAGAUUGUUUGGUACAUGUCUUUUUUUCAGACAUAUACCAAACAAUCUAGAGUAAGCAAGUCAUUAAUAGGUUUAAUAUUAUGUCCAUGCACUUGCAGUUGGUAAAAAAGAAGGCAUAGAAGAUCCAAAACUUUGAGCGGUUCAAGUAUGUUAUGUAUAACUUCAGGACAUUUUGAAUUUUAUUUAGCCUUAUGAUGUAAGAACGUUUGUUUUGCUGUCUUAGGUUGUCAGCGAUUGCCUGCGCAACAAUUAUUUGAUGUAAAGGACAUAUUGAUUAGUUAACCGAUAUGAAUUUUUUGUAAAUGUAAAUAUUACUGAAAUAUAUUGGGGUACAAAGCUUGAUCUCACUGUAAUCUUGUACAUUCUAUAUUGGAACCCCCUUAUGAUAGAAAAUUUCAAUUACAUAUGCUCCUGUAAUUGUGUAGUAAUUAUAAUUAUAAUUUUGUUGGUGCUUUUCCUUACUACAUAUUUAUUGGUCCAUAUUUACUGUAGGCAUAUGUUACAGAGAAAUACUGGUUGUCGCUAAUAGAUUACUGUGUAUGGUAAACACCUUCAAGGGUUAGGUUUUUGUAUGUUAAAUUUUGUUUGGGUGUUAGAGAGUUUUAUUAUUAUUUUUCUGAAUGGAAUGUGCUAUUUUGUCAUCAGGCAUUUCAUAUGAAAAUGUGUUUACCAACAGAAGUAUUGUUUAUUGAGCUGCAAUGUGCUGCAAUUAGGAAUAAUUUUUUAAGACAAGAUAUUUCAAGUGAUCAGAUUAUCAGAAAAUUAUUUCCGACAUCAUGAGAAACUAAUCUCAUGUUAUUUUUAUGCUGUAAGUCUACAAAGUUCAAAGCAUGAUUAUUUUAUAUUAAACUGUGCAAAAAUUCUAAUACUUGGUACCUGUGUCAUCAGUUAAUGUGGGUAAUGUAUCCAUGAGUAAUGUUAAAGUUUUGUUUAUUAUUGUGAUGACAGGCGCAUUUGCUGAUGCAUGUUGCUAAUAAGAUUGUAAAGUGUAAAUCCUUGCAUAAAGCAGUAGUAACAAGAUUAUCAGCAGAUGUCUGUGUAUUGUGUGCAAACCUCUAUUUACUUACAAAAUCUAACAUGGUAGUAGUCAAGAUAGUCCAAUAAGUAAGACUUGGCGAAGUUCCCCCCUGGGCAAAUAGCCUUCCAGGGCUGAGGUGCCAUAUACUUGCAUUAUGAGUGUCUUUGCUACCUUGGAUAUCACGCAGUGCACAAAUUUGGUUUGGUAGUAGCUCAAAUUUUUUUCUACCCUUCACCCUCUCACCUUUUCUUGAUCAAACUAGUGGUGCAACUUCUUUUGUGGUUAGAUUAAGGAUUGAAUGUAAUAAAGGAAAUGGCUGCUUUUUAUAAAAAUUUUUGGUUUUGUAAGUUGAAAGGUGAGGAAAGUAAAAGUAAGAGUGAAUACCUGUACUACUGCUAUUUUAGUUAGGAGGAAUAUGUAGGUAACUGUGGUGACUAAGUGAAAGAAUUAAGUUUUUUUUUUUUUUUUUUUUUAAUACAAAUCUUAACUUUCUUGCAAACUGCAGGCUGGCCCAUAAAUGGUUAUGCCUCUUACUUUUUCCCACUUAUACUACUUGUCUAACAUCACAUCAUAUGUAAUGGCAAGCUUAUGCAAAGUGAAAAGGUAUAUACAUAUAGUAUAUAUAUUUAGAAAGAAAAUUUUCAGACACCAAAAUGAGCUAAUUUAUAACAUGUAUCACAUACUGUAAUUCAUAUGGACAUUCUCAUUGUCAUUUGUAUAAAAGUUGCACUUUCAUUUACCAUAUUUUCUACCGAGGUAUUUGUAAUGUACCUAGUUUUCAUGUUUACAUAUAUAUAUUUAAGGAAAUCAUCAUAUGUAUAUAUUAAGACUAAUGCCAGUUCUUAGGGUUUGGGGGGUAUAUGGUACAAGGGCUACCAGCAAGCCAGUUGGUUAGUGGUUCAAAAAUUGAGUGGUACGUGGUGGAAAUUUUUUGAAGCACUCUUGGAACAAGUUCAGGCUAGUCAAAUUUUAAUACUUUCUUUUUAUUGAAAAUUUGAUUGUACAGUAUUUUAUUUUCUGGUGGCCUCCUAAACUACUUGUGAAUCACUUCUGAAUUAAAGGAAAAGAUGAGGAUUCCAGUAUAAGUUGGUGGUCAGAAUUUUUUUUCGUAUGUAGUGAGAAAUGCCGUUAGCAAUAUUUGACAUAUCGUUCCUGUCAGAGUACUACGAGGAAUAUGAAAGGCUUUUAGCAAUUAAGCUUGUUUUAGAUCUCAAGUACCUUAAAUUGUAUCAGUUUACUUCUAACAUCCAAACAUCCAUAAGCAGUGUACCAUUUUUAUUUAUCAAAAGACCACUUGGAUUGCAUUUCAACAUGUUAGCUGGCUACCAUGAGUGUUAAAACUUCCAGACCAUUAAAAAUAAAGACAAGCUAA